UUAAGGAUUCGCUGUUCCCUGCCACCGCCCAGUCCCUCUUCUACAAGAGGAAGCCCCCGCCGGGACUGACCUGGAAGAGGCCAGGGGUGAGUGUGAGGUGCAGGGAGAAGCAAUCAAGCUGUCAUUUUCCGGAAAGUUUAUCAAAUGCAGAUGUGUGAAAACAAUCAUAAAUUGUUUUUACACAUCGCCACAUUUUCCUCAAUCAAACCAGUUCAGACAACAACAAAGAGUUAUUUUACAAAUGUAUCUCCUCUCCUCCCACAUCUAAAUCGAGUGGCUGGGUCAGCAUGUUACAUUUCUAUCAGAUUAGGGUUAAUUAAAGCACUUUCUAUUAUAGGAGAGGCGUCAGGCAGUGAAACUCCAUCCCUCAGGGAGCGAGUGAUGCGUGCUGCCGAUGGACUGCUUUAUUGGUGUAUGUUUAUACAGUUGAGUUUAGAAAAAGCAGCAGCCAAUUUAAAUAGCCCAGGUGUUUUUAGAAGGGUGUAGCUGUGUAUAAGUAUAGGGGUUUAUUGUGCAAGCCAGCCGGCCUUUAAUGGUGGCAAUGACAUGGGCGGGUAAUGUCAAGGUUAAAUUAUUUAUUGUCUAGUGUCAAUGGCCAAAAAAUAUAUUUAUUAGUGCAAUUUCUUGUUAUGAGAUAGAUCAUUUCAUUAUACAGCCAAGAAUAAAAGUUUAAUUUAAGUACAAAUGCAUUUCCCAAAAACUAAAUAAAUCUUAGUUUCUGCAUUGUUCACCAAGUUAAAGACGACUUUUUAAGACCUUUUUAAUGCAUUUUAAAAAUAAAAUUGAAUACCUUUCUACGGUCAAAGCCUACAAUUAGCAAUUAAGUACAUGAAAUUAUUGACAUUCAAAUCAUAUUUUUGUAUUCCCGGCUGUUCCUAGUAAAUUAAUCAAUUAACUUGAAGUGGACCCAGAUAAGUGGCAGAAAAUUGAUGGAUGGAUUAACCAGUUAUAAAAGAAAAGUUAUAAAUAAUGUUACUUUCUUUGCAGGUAGGAAAAAUGUGCAUUUAUACUCAAGACAUUUAUAAAUGAAUUGAUUAUAAAUUAAUUUUAAAUACUUUCGAAGACCUUUUUUGAGAAAUGCAAUGCUAUUUAAGACUUUUCAAGACCUGCAGAUGCCCUUAAUUCACAAAUUAAUUGCACUGCACUUAAUACAAUCUGUCCUAUUUUAACUGCAAAUUCAGAUGUAAUGUAUGUGGGCCAAUCCUUCAGUGCUCUUAAUGUGAAACCUUGCUGGCCAUUAAUUUGCUGAUUCAGAGCAGAAGAGAAAGAGUUAAUGGUAUUGUGUUCCUAAUGCUCCACUCAGGUAUUUUAAGCGUGGAUCAACAGGGAGUCGGAUGAUAGGGUGACAUCUGUCGCCUCCCUCUGCUGACUGACACACACACACACACACACACACACACACACACACACACACACACACACACACACACACACACACACACACAGAAACUCAUCGACUCACUCUAUAACUUCCCAUUUACUUGUCUGGAGUUCCAUUUAAAGAGGUUAUGACCACUGAGUGUGUAUUUGUCUGCAUGUGUGUCCAGCAGCACCUCUACUGUUACCUGACCCAGUCCAAACUGAGAUCAACAGAUCCACACAGACAGGAUCUGUCUCCUCAGCAGUGCUCUGACACUCACAGGCCUGUGACGCUACUAACUGCUGCAAUCAUUAACCAGAGUUUGUUUAAAGCUGCUAUAUAAUCAAUUCUUUUAUAUUAACGAUGGAUCAAAUGAAUGUGUGUAAUGUGAAAGGGGUUUCCUCGUAGUGACAAAUCCACAGAGAAUGAUGUCUGUAUGACUCUGCAGUUUCCCCUCUCAUCUACGGAGCACUUUAACAUCUUUUAGCUCUUUGUUUUGUUUUUCCGACCAUUAACUUUACCCCAUUUUAGUUAACUCUCACUGCUCUCAUUAGCGUUGUUUUAAGCAGCGACAGGCAUCCAUUUCAAAAGGAUUUAAAAACCCACUGGCAAGCACCAAACAACAGAAAAACAAAGAGAUAUGUAAGGACCCCCGUCUGUUUGUUGACGGCAUCAGCACUCGUGACUUGCACCAAGGCAGUCUGGGUAACUGCUGGAUGGUGGCUGCCAUUUCCUGCUUAGCAUCUGAGCCAUCUCUGUGGAAGAAGGUGAUCCCAGACCAUGUGGACCAGGAGUGGAAUCCAAAGCAUCCUGACCUGUACGCAGGCAUCUUUCAUUUCCGGUUCUGGAGACUCGGUCGUUGGAUGGAUGUUGUUGUGGACGACCGUCUACCGGUCAGCAGGGACGGAGUGCUGCUCUUCUGCCGCUCGGCCACACCACGAGAGUUUUGGAGCGCCCUGUUGGAGAAGGCCUAUGCCAAGCUAAACGGCUGCUACGAGGCCCUGGAGGGAGGAAACACUACAGAGGCACUGAUCGACUUCACUGGCGGAGUUUCGGAGCCACUAAGCCUGGAUCGUGAGGCCCUAAGCCAGCACGGCGACCAGAGGAGGGUGUUCUUCCAGACAUUAGCUUAUGCUCAUGAACGCAAAGCCCUCAUCACCUGCUCCAUACGGCCAGCAGAGGGGGAGACAGUGGAGUCUGUGUUGGACUGUGGCCUGGUGCGAGGACAUGCCUACGGGAUCACAGCAGUGAGGAAGGUGAGGCUGGGGGAGAAGCUGCCGAAGACGGGAUGGAUGUCCCGACUCUUGAUGGUGCGCAUGAGGAACCCAUGGGGGACCACAGACUGGACGGGUGCCUGGAGUCAGGGGUCGCAGCAGUGGCAACAGAUGAGUCGUGCAGAGAGGGAGAAGAUGGGCCUCAUUGUUCGAGACGUCGGGGAGUUCUGGAUGGAUUUCAAGGAUUUCUGUCACUACUUCACUGACGUGGUGGUGUGCUGGCUGGUAGAGAGGGCUCUGCUGUGGCCGAGCUCUCACUGGAGAGAAGUGCGGCGCUAUGGGGAGUGGGCUUUAGCUCCCACUUCCCCGGGAACACCUCCAUCCACCGUCCUUCACAGCAGCCACGCGCUGAGCUUGCGAAAGAACAGCGCCAAACCUGAAGGGACCAAGCAGCGAGGGAACCGGAAGGAGGCCAGACUUGGGGAGAGUCAGCAGAAGGAAGGGAAAGGAGGAAGGUGUGAGCGAGAUAAGACCGUAAAAAAAGAGACAAAGGAAGAUGAUAGCGGAGAGGUGGGAGGAUGGGAGGCCCAGAUGGAUAAGAGGAGUCGAUGUGGAGGAUGCAUCAACCACAGAGAUACUUUCCUGCACAAUCCACAGUUCAUGUUUGAGGUGAGAGGCAAAGAGGAGGAGGUGCUGAUCUGUCUGCAGCAGGAGGACAGGAGGGCACAGAGGAAAGAUGGAGGAGGAGAAAACCUGCCUAUAGGGUUUGAGGUGCUUAAGGUGGAGGUGAACCGCUGCAGCCGGGUGCAGUGUGUGGUGGAGCAGGCGGCCAGCUCGGUCUACAUGGACUCCCGCAGUGUGACCCUGAGGGGGACUCUGACUCCGGGGCGCUACGUCAUACUGCCCACCACCUUCCUGCCAGGCGCCACAGGACGCUUCCUCCUACGCCUCUUCUCCCAUUCCCACAUGCAACUCAGGGAAUUGAGGGAGGAUUAUCCAUCUCCCUGUGUCUUCCAGUGUUUCCUACCUCAACCCACUGUGGUGACCACAGUCUACCUCCACAGGGCAUCAGGACUCAGCCAUCCCAAACAGACAGCUCCAGAUGUUUAUGCCAUAGUGCGUUGUGAGAACAACAUCAUAAGGACACAGGUUUUCAAAGUGGAGGGAAAUCCUGAGUUCAACCUCAGAGCCAUCUUCUACAGGAGAUACCCCAGCACACACAUCUCUAUUGAGUUAUGGAGCAGAGGUUGGCUGUGGGAUUCCAUCCUGGGCGGGGCUCAACUCCAGACAGCAGAGUCUGAAAAGAGUCGGAGCCAUGUAAUCGAUCUACGAGGCGGCCAAUCCCGUUCAGGAUAUGGAGGGUGCGUCUACGUUGAGACGUCCUCCAGCGUCUGCCUCACAGACUUGUGACAGCAUUGUCUGGUUGCCCCGUUAACCACAUCAAGACAUGGCAACCGUCAUCCUCUCGGGUGGAGGUUGAUGGACAAACAUAAGUUUUUUAUGAACUAUUGAAAAAACUUCACAAAUAAAGACUGACUUAACUAGCUAUGGUGCUGGUAUGUAUUGACAAAUUUAGCAUUUAUAGUGGAACUGUGUAUUUCACUAUUUACUGUGUAUGCUCUGCAGUGAUCUGCUGGUCAGAUGUGCAGGUGCAUCCUUCAUGACUUCAGCAGUCUUUAAAAAAAUAUGUUGAACUGCUGCCAAAAUAAGUGUUUUUGUGUUAUUAUAUUUAAUAUAUUGUCAGUACUGUUGUCAUGUGUGAGUUUUGCUGUUGUUGCUGUCAUAUUUUUAUUUUAUUUUACAAUUAUUUAUAUUGUUAAUAUACUUUAAUGUAAAUGUACAAAAUCACAUUUGCAAAACAUUUUCUUAUUAUUAAAGGUCCCAUAUUAUGCUCAUUUUCAGGUUCAUGGAUUUUGGGUUUGUACUAAAACAUGUUUACAUGCUUUAAUGUUCAAAAAACUGUCUGACUGUCAUUCAAUUUUGCUGACUUCAGAUGGUCUCAUGUCUUUACAUGAUUAGACGAGACUAAAACCAGUAGUCAGACAAUGUGCACUAUUGAAGUGCACUCUAGUAAGAGUGAAGGAUUAAACAUAGAUGAAAAUGCAAGUUUUAGGUUUGAACUUGAGAUAUUGUGUUAGUCUGACCUUAAAAUAGCUUGUACAAAGAGAAUACGACAAUAAAAUAGCAUGAAUGUUUACAAAAUGUU